GAUUGCUCGUUGUGAUCGCAACAUCGUCGUUUGACGUUCGAACUUUACGUCUCUUGUCGAUCAUGGCCUAUAAGGAACAAUUAGACGGUAAACUUGGCGACGAUCACAUGGAAGUCAAGGAGGAGCCGAUUCUUCAGUGCUACGUUCAGGAGAAUAGUUUACCGAGUUUCGAAAAUACCAACGCAAUACCGUCAAGCGACGUGGGCGGGUUGUAUCUGUGGAGCAGUAAAGCCACCACCUGUCUGAUCAAUCAGUACAAGAAAUAUCGAUCGCUGGUCGGAAAGUCACCGCACAUCAGAAGUCUGCGAGAGAUGUUCGAGAUGAUAUCGUUGGAAAUGCAGAAUUACGGUUUUUGCUUCAGUCCGCAGAAAUGCGAAAACAAAUGGCGAGUUCUGGUGCGCAAGUACAAGACCAUCGCUUAUCGCGAGCGAUUAAAGAAACCGGGCAGAAUAAAACACUACGGUCAGUGGGAACACAAACGCGCCUUGGACGAAAUUUUUAACAGCGAGAAAAAAAAACACAACAUGUAUUUUGAACAAACCGAUUCUCAGCUAUCAAACGAAUCGACCAAGUGUUCGUUGAUCUCGCGCGGAUGCGAUCAGGACAGCAAUCAUUCGCAUCAUCCGCUGAAAAUUCGUCAACACGAAGAUCUAUUGUCGUCUUGCAGCGACGCAACGAAGGACAAAGACGCGUCAAAUUGUAAACAAACCUUAACAUUAUUGUUUGAAAAGUUUAUUGGAGAAGUGAGAGAAAGUUUUGCUCAAGCCGAGAGAAACAAAGAAAGACGACACAAAGAGAAACUGGCUAUGAAACAGAAGGAAUUGGAAUUGAAAAGGCAGCUUCUUAAGUUGAAGGAGCAAAAGAUGCAGUUGCAAAAAUGUCAAAUGAUUGCUGCCGUGCGAAAUUUGAAAUAAACGUCAAGCGAUGCGAUAUCGGUAAAAUAUACAGAUCCAUGUCUCUUUGUAAUUUUUUAUAUGUAAGUUUUUCUAAAAUUCUCAACACUUACGAUAUGUAAACAAAUCGCGUAUGGUAAAUUUAUAUCACUUGUUCUAUAUGUUUCUAAAUAAAAAUAAAUAACGUUACUCUCGAUCAGAUUUAUAUCCACGUACGGUUAUACUGUGAUACAGCAAACAGAUGCUUCACGUUUCCUUCUUUAGAUGGCGGUACACGUUGAAAGACAACAUUUUGCCACAUUACCGGCAAAUGGUUUUCAGAUAAAUCAAAGUAUAUUUGUAAUGUAAUUGGUAAAAAUUAUACGUGUGUUAAUUAUAUGAUUCUCGCUUUAUCUUUCAAACAAUUAAUAAAAUUAUUCUGUUAAAAUAUAUUUUUCAGAAAUUUCUUUAUAUUCAGACUGUUUAUAACAUGACUUCUCGCGCUUAAUUUCAGUGUCUAGCAAUUUAAAAAUUAAUGUGUUUCCACAAUAUCUUAUGUGUGUGCAUUUGUAACGACGUAAUUUAUGUAUCAUUUUGCGUGAAAAAUAAGAGUGUGCAUCGAUUUUAUGUACAAGCACGUUUUUGUAAAAUAUUCCCUCA